UUUCCCACCCCUCUGAGUGGAGCUGCACAUGCGGCUUCUCCCUGCUCCGUCCCGCCCAGCCUCCGUCGCGCAGGAACGGGUCCCUGCAGCCCCCAGCCCAUGGCAGGACGGUAGCUGCCUGUCAGGGGUCCUAAACGGCUGAGGCAGACGCGGCGGCUCCCGAGCCUCAGAGAGUGGGCGUCUCCGGAGGCCAUGGGCUACCCCGAGGUAGAGCGCAGGGAGCCCCUGCCUGCAGCAGCGCCAAGAGCGGGGGAGAGUCAGGGCUGCGGCUGUCCCCGCUUUGGCGGCCCCGGCACCCCUGGCACCUCUGGCACCUUGAGUAGACCCGGUGGCCUGGACCCCGAUGGUCCCAUCACCGGCCACUUUAGGCAGCCUUCACUUCAGCAGCAGCCGCUAGAACCUGGAGAAACAACUCUCCCACCAGACUCUCAGGACGGGCACCAGGCCUCAAUCAACUACUAAUCUUUCUAUGGACUUGACACUUCUGAAUAUCUAUAUAUACAAAAGGCUAAUAUGCAAAGUGUCCCCUUGGAAGUUCUACUGGGAAACCGGGAAUUCGAUCACUUGCUAUGAUGUGCGCUGACCACCAAGGGGCCAGUGUGGAACAAAG